AUGAGUCUCCUAGGACAAAGUACUGGCUCCAUAGGUCGUAUUUCCAAAGCCCACAGAUCGACCGCAAAAGGUAGUGCGCCCUGUGUCAAGAUAGACUAUGCAGCGCUCAAAGGCAAAGAUCAAAAAUUACUGCCAUUCGAACCUGCGACCAGAAUCAGCGUCACAGCAUCACCGGAUCCGAACUGGACAUAUGGCAAAGGCACUGGCGAAACAAAAUCUGCAGAUGAGCAUGCGCAUAUUGAGAUUGACCCUUUCGGACCAGGACGACCAAUGCUGCAUAACUAUACCUUACUGGUUUCAAGCAUAGCACCACGUCCUAUUGGCUUGAUCAGUACUGUAUCCAAAGAUGGAAAACAGAAUCUGGCACCAUUCAGCUAUUUCCAAGUCGUCGACCACGAUCCACCAAUCUUUGUUGUUGGGUUUUCUGGCCGCGCGUCUCGUCCGAAAGAUACAUUGCAGAACCUCAAGGACACGGGUGAGUGCACAUUUAAUCUCGUGUCGGAGGAUAUGAUCGAAGCUGUGAAUGCAACAUCCAUUGAUGCACCUCGAGGCCUCUCUGAGUGGUCCUUUUCGGGCCUCACAAAGACUGCCAGUACUACCGUCACGCCUCCACGUGUCAAAGAGUCUGUCGUCUCUAUCGAAGGCAAGCUGUCCGAGAUCGUCGAGUACAAGACUUCGCGACCGGCGGUUGGCGGUGCACCUGGCACUUUAGCUAUCAUCGAAGCCACUAGAUUUUGGGUCAAGGCCAAUGCCAUCGACGACAAGCGCAGUCACGUCGAUUUGAGUCACUUUCGGCCUGUGGGUCAACUGGGAGGCGUGUCCUACGCUCGCAUGACUGAUACCUUCGAGUUGCCAAGGACCAAUUGGGCAAGAUCGGGCUUAAAAGGAACGGAAUGGGCAAAGCACGAGAACUUGUGA